AUGACUGUCGACGAUCCACCUUUCUUAUUCUCAAUGCCCCGACAUAACAUGUUCAGGACAGACCCCCUACGAGAAAAAAUAGAACCAUUUCCGAAGUACCUGGAGCCUUCUGAAAGGCCUGAAGCUGAGAGACCUAAAGGACAUCACAACUUUGCCUGGUCUUCGGAAGCUCGUGGUGCAGAAGUCUUACAAUACAUAACCUCUUUUGCUCUCAAUCCGGUCAGGAGCAAGUACAGCUAUUUCAGCAUGAAUCUGAGUGACAUAAAAGAUCCGGACCCGUUUCUGUGGGGGGGAGGCCUAGACAGUGGAAAUGUUUGGUUUUGGAGAACCCACACAAUCCUGGAGGCUCCGAAAGAGAAUGGAUACCCUACUCGGCCGCAUAUUACUAUGACAACAACUGUAGACCGCGUUGGUCAAGAUAAUUCUAUCUUCUACGAGGAACUGAUACCUCUGGUUUGCGCUAUGCGAAACAGAGCAGACCAGCCAAAAAUUCCUCCUCAGGAAUGGGAGUCCGCAUUCGAGCUAUGGGAUGAAACAUACGACGGCAAAUUAGUCUUUGAACGUGAGAAGACAUUCCCUAUAUUAAUGUUGUCGUUUCUCGGCCCUCAACACGCGCGAGUAUUUUACGCUCGCAUAAAGGACGAUGAAGUCAUUAUCGGACAGUCAAAGCUCUAUAGCUUCGAACGGAAGGAUAACGCAAACAUUGAGCUUUUUGCUCGACUUCUUCUGAGCGCCCCGGCCAGAAGUAUGGAAAUCAAGUACGCCGCUUUUCCCACGUGGUUCACAGUAACUUCUUCCUUCUCUCCACGCACUCGACUCACCCCGGAUGCUGCACGUGAUUCCCUGACCGGUGCCUGGAUCGACCGUUCGUGGCGCCAGGGCGGCGGCAGCAUCCUCAGCACCACUACAGGUCCAAUUUCAUUUCGACCUUUCAGUCACCGUCAACCUGCUCACCCUGCCUACUGCUGCUUCCUGCACCAGGUGGUAAUUCUGUGCAAUUAUACUGCGGCACUACCUGAAUAUAAGUGA